UUGAGAUGGAGAUUGGAAUUGGAGGCAUGGAUAUAUCCUGUCCUCACCACACAUUUGCCGCAUCCAUUUUCUUUUCUGUUUCUUCUUCUUCUUCCCAGCUAGCCCCCCCAUAUCACAGCACAUAUAAAAAAUAAACACUACGGAUCCGAGUACGUACGUAAUUAUAAGAUCGAAUCAUAAACAAAUAGCAUAGGUGGUGCAAACUAUAGCGCGCAGGCCUGCCGGCUAGGAAGCUAGCUAGAAGCUUUCGAUCGAUCGAUCAGCAAUGGCUGCUGCAGCUCUUCCUUACUCAACAAUCGCCCCCAAGUUCCGCUCCAAAACCUACCCCAAGGUGCCUGAGUUUUGUGGUCUCAAAUCGAGUGGGUGUGUGACACUAGUUUCCGCUUCUUCUUUCUCCCGUCUUGUGGCUUCUCAACUCACUCCCAAAAGUGCAGGAUCGCAGCAGCAGCAGCAGCAGGGUGGAGGAGUAGCGGUGGUUGCUGCCAAGCUUCAGGUUGCCAUCAACGGCUUCGGACGCAUCGGUAGGAACUUCCUGCGGUGCUGGCAUGGCCGCAAAGACUCCCCGCUUGAGGUCGUCGUUGUCAACGAUAGUGCCGGUGUCAAAAGUGCGGCUCACUUGCUCAAAUAUGAUACCAUGUUGGGAACGUUCAAAGCCGACGUGAAGAUAAUUGACAACGAGACCAUAUCUGUUGAUGGGAAGCAUAUCAAGGUUGUCUCUAAUCGGGACCCUCUCAAGCUUCCCUGGGCUGAUUUGGGCAUUGACAUUGUCAUUGAGGGAACAGGUGUGUUUGUGGAUGGUCCAGGAGCAGGAAAGCACAUCCAAGCAGGUGCUAAGAAAGUCAUAAUCACUGCACCAGCUAAAGGUGCUGAUAUUCCAACCUAUGUUGUUGGUGUUAAUGAACAGGAUUACUACCAUGACGUCUCCAACAUCAUCAGCAAUGCGUCCUGCACUACUAAUUGUUUGGCUCCUUUUGUUAAGGUCAUGGAUGAGGAACUUGGUAUUGUUAAGGGAACAAUGACAACAACUCACUCUUACACAGGAGAUCAGAGGCUUCUAGAUGCAUCUCACAGGGACUUGAGAAGAGCGAGAGCGGCAGCACUGAACAUAGUGCCGACGAGUACUGGUGCAGCCAAGGCAGUGUCUCUGGUGCUGCCGAGGCUGAAAGGCAAGCUAAAUGGAAUCGCUCUCCGGGUCCCAACCCCUAACGUCUCGGUCGUUGACCUGGUCGUGAACGUGGAGAAGAAAGGGGUGACGGCGGAAGACGUGAACGGAGCAUUCAGAAAGGCAGCGGAGGGUCCCCUGAAGGGAAUUUUGGACGUUUGUGACCUGCCCCUCGUCUCGGCUGACUUCCGAAGUACCGACGUGUCCUCCACCAUCGAUGCCUCGUUGACUAUGGUGAUGGGUGAUGAUAUGGUCAAAGUUGUGGCAUGGUAUGACAAUGAGUGGGGAUACAGCCAACGGGUGGUGGAUUUGGCACAUCUAGUGGCAAGGAAGUGGCCGGGCAGGGCUGCUGCUGCUGCUGCAAGUGAAGACCCCUUGGACGAUUUCUGCAAGACCAACCCCAGUGACGAGGAAUGCAAAGUCUAUGAAGCUUAAAUCCAUCACUCCCCUUGUCUUUAUUUAUUUAAAAAAAUAUGCAAAAACCACUAUUGAAUUUGGAUUAUGGAAGGAAUGGGGUAUUCUUCAUUCCUUUUGUAUUUAUACUUGCAAGUCUAGUUUCCAUUCAACACAUAUUAUUAUGAGCUGUAGAAGCUUUCCUUUAUUAUCUUUGAGCUGAUCUAUUGUACAUAUACUAGUAUACUGCCACACGCUCACCGUAUAUGUACGUUUUUCAUUUUUGAAGUAGGCCUAUCUCUA